CAAAACUCUAAUACAUUUCAUGAAGAAUAACAACUAACAGACUCUGAUUUCUCCAAAGAUGGCUAUGUAUAAGAAUGCUAUGAAAAACAAACACAAUCAAAUCUGUCAAAUAGGUGAUUAACUGUAAAAGAACUAAAGUCUUGCUUAAUUUCACGACUAACUGUAAAGUUAACGAAGUCAACAAUAGGGAAAGUAAGAUAACUUAAAGGCAAAUAGUUCUUUUAGAUCUUUAAAAUUAUAAGAUUUAAACAUGGCUUAGAAUCCUAUUGAUGUGAUUAAGUUAAAAGACAUUCUUGAUAGUACUUAAAAAGAAAGUAAGAUAAUUCAAAUUUAAUCUUAAGUUUUGAAUAAAAAUAAGCAAUAAAAGAGCAUAACUAAUUAGAAACAAAAUUUUAAUGAAGUCUUUGAAGAAAAAUAGAAAGAUGAAAAAAAAUUCAAUUUACCUAUUUAAAAUUGUAAUCAAAAAUUAAAAGAAAAUAUCAAUUUGGAUUUUGAAACACCAAGGUUUUUUGGAAUGUCAUGA